AGUUAGCUGGUUAGCGUCUGGAGGUUCUUGAGUGUGUCAUAAAAAUAAAAUAAAAAUUAAAAGUGAUAGCGAAUCCGUAUCACAGUGGGUGAGGCAGGUUUCCGGAAGGUAUAAACAAAUAAAAAUCAAAGAGAGAUGGAAAGUAAAUGGGUUCAGAAGUGUUUGGGAUGAGGUGAGUCAGAUGGUUAGCAGGCCUGUGCUAACAAGCUAACAGUUCGUAGGCCCGGGCUAGACAAGCUAGCCGUUAGCAGGCCGAAUUAGCAAGUAGGGAGAUAGCGAGGGCUAGAGAGCUAACCUUUGGGGGACGUCGCGAUGGGGUGAGUCUGUUUAUUCCUCUUCUUGCGGUGACAUCGACAGACCGGUCGUGGGCCCGGGUAAUUGUAGCCCAGGAGUAUGCUACAGGAGCUCUAGUACGCUGGGUGAGCUGGAGACACAGCGUUUCAGAAAGCUCGCGGGCCUUGGCCAGCAGAUGGAUCUUUGGCGAUGUCGCAACGAAAAAGCCUGUUGAAACCACCUCGGACGAUUAUGUCGGCGGACCAGUCGUGAUGGAUCGGCGGCGCUCCGUGUCGGCAGUAAAGGGUCCAGGCCAAUUGGCAAAAGAGGUAUCGUUGGGCCUCUUCGGCUAGUCGGGAGGUGGGCUUAGCUCAAGGAUAACUGUAGCUUGUUUUGGGCCAGAGACGUUGGCCAGGAGUAGCCACUCGGAAUUGCAGCUAGCUAGUUGCGAUGAUCCGGUGUAAAGGUUCAGAGCUUGCGGUAGGAAUCCGGAGAUGUGGUAGAGAAAGAGCAGUCUGAUAUGCUCUGGGUAGAUGUCGCGCUGGUGUUCUAGUUAGCUUAGAAGACCGCUAGCAAUGGCUAACUGAGUACGAGCUAGUAGCUAGUUAGCUGGCUAGCUUCUGAUGGUGGUUCCGGUUCUAAAGUAAAGUAUAGAAAAAGCGGAUCCGUACCACAUUGGGUGAUGCGGGUUGCAGGAGAGUAUAUUCAGCUCUAGUUUGAAAGUGAGAUUAAAAUAUGUACGAAAUAUAUACAGAAAAAAAAAACGAAGAAAACUAUAUUUACACUAGACAGGAUGGGACAAGACAAAACACACGUCCGACUGCUACGCCAUCUUGGAACGGAGAUUUUCUGUGGAACCCGACAGCCAGACGGUUGCCAUGUCGACCUCAUCGCUACGGCGACAAGUAAAGAACAUUGUCCACAACUUCUCAGAGGCCGAGAUCAAGGUGCGGGAAGCGACGUCCAAUGACCCAUGGGGCCCCAGCAGCUCUCUGAUGUCAGAGAUAGCAGACCUGACCUACAACGUAGUGGCCUUCUCUGAGAUCAUGAGCAUGGUGUGGAAACGACUCAACGACCACGGCAAGAACUGGAGACACGUCUACAAGGCUAUGACUCUCAUGGAGUACCUCAUAAAGACUGGUUCAGAGCGCGUGGCUCAGCAGUGCAGAGAGAACAUCUACGCUGUCCAGACUCUCAAGGACUUCCAGUUCAUCGACAGAGACGGCAAGGACCAGGGGGUGAAUGUGCGGGAGAAGGCCAAACAGCUGGUAACACUGCUGAAGGACGAGGAGAGACUACGAGAGGAGAGGAUCCAUGCCCUCAAGACCAAAGAGAAGAUGGCACAGACCACCAGUGCCUCUUCGGCCCCCUCAGCUCCAGGUCCGGGGGGUGGAGCGCUGUCUCAGGGCUCUCACUCCGGAGGGGCGGACCCAGAGCAAGCGUGGCCACAGAGCUCCGGUGAGGAGGACCUGCAGCUGCAGCUGGCCCUGGCCAUGAGCAAGGAGGAGGCGGAACAGACUACUGUGGCCCCUCUGGAGGACGCAGAGCUCCGCUAUGCACUCACACUCAGCAAGGAAGUACAAGAACAGGAGGAGAGGCUGCAGGGGGACGACCUGAGACUGCAGAUGGCCAUCGAGGAGAGCAGGAUGGAGAAGGCCAAGCCAGAGGAGAGUGCGUUAAUGGAGCUGAGUGCUGUGGACCCCUGGGGGGCUCCUGCUGCUGCCUCUGGGGGCUCUGCCGGCCCCUCACCCCCUCCCACAGUCCCCCUCCCAGCCCCCUCUGCCUCUGGCCCCUGGGGCCUGGCCCCUGCAGACCCUUGGGGUGCCUCAUCGCCCGCCUCACCCCCCAGCGUAGACCCAUGGGCUAGUGGAGGGACGGCCCCCCCAACGAUAGCCCCCCCGCCAGACCCCUGGGGAGAGACAGCCUCCUCAAGAGUCAACUCCGUUGACCCCUGGGGACCCUCAGCUGUGACCCCCCCCAGUGUCGACCCCUGGGGCCCCUCUGUGCCCCUCUCCACCACCUCCUCUUUUGGGGGGCCAAUAGACCCCUGGGCUGGGGACGGGGUUGACCCCAUCAUCACCUCUGACCCAUGGAGCGACUCCGCCAAACACACUAAUGGCACAGGACACCCAGAACUGCGAGGUCAGUUAACUGGCGACAGUGCGGGUUCUCCGGUGCCCUUUGACCUCACAUCUCUGUGCUCUUCACUUCCUGUCCGUAAGACCCCCGAGUCGUUCCUGGGGCCCAACGCAUCUCUGGUGGACCUGGACUCACUGGUGUCUUCUAAACCCAAACCUAAACAACCUCCUCCUCCAUCAAUCUCCUCCUCAACACACAACCCCUUCCUCCAGACUACAGCCUCGUCUUCAGCCCCUGGCAUGGCAGUCACCCCGGGCAGCACAAUCUCCAGCAGGGGGGUUUCCCCGACGCCACCCCUCACCUCCAACCCGUUUGGCGCGGCCGCCCCCAUGUCCUCCAUCUCCCCACAGCCCUCCACACUGGGCCUCAGCAGCCUCCGCACCAGCCCUGUACCACCCAACCCCAUGGCAUACCCUGGCAUGGGGCCAAUGGGUAUUGGAGCACCAGGCCUGGGGAUGGGCAUGAUGCAGAGCCCCAUGGGAAUGUCCCCCUACGGUGGGCUCUCGCCCAUGGGUCCUCCUGGGUCCUCUCACUUCAUGGGGCCCGGAGGGGCCCUGCCCCCACAGCUGAAUUUUGGGGGGCCUAUGGGGGCAGCUGGAGUGAUGGGAGCCGGGGGAGCAGUGGGAGGGGCCGGAGUGACGGGCGCCAGCACCAAUCCCUUUCUUCUUUGAGGACGUUUCGGCACUCCCCCUUCCUCUUUAACACCCAAUCCAGGCCCUGCCCCACCCCCUGGCUUAUCUACUGCCCCUCCCCCCAGAGCGAUCCUCCUUCAACACAAACCAUUUAUGUUUCCAUAAAGAAACGUGUGUACAUCUCUAUUUAAAGAAGAAAAAAGAACAUCUGAAAUUGUUAUUUUCUUUCAGAAGCAUUUACAUGAAUUUCAACAACAAAAAUAUUUUGGUUCAUUUCAGUGGGAUGUAGCGGGAGGGGAAAUAGAUGUUUAUUUAUUUUUUAUUUCGUUUUAAUGCAUUUUGGUUUCUUUCAGUCCUUUCUGAAAUAAAGGUGGGUGUUUGAGAGUUAGGCUUCAUCAGUUAUGUCACACUGAUAUAAUAUUGUAUUGCACUGACAGGGAUGGGGAGAGAUGGGACAUGGCCACUAACAAACUGAAACACAAACAAAUUCCUGUACCUGCCUCUUCCUCUUUGUCUAGAAGAGAAAGAUAGGAUGAACACUGACAUGAGAGGAGGAUUUUAUUUAAAAAACUCCUGAACAAGAUUUGGUCUGAAAAAACUGGCAUUAACAUUUCAG